ACGCAACGAAUCACCAUGUCUACUGCGGAAUCAGCUUCAACAUCAACUUCGUCUGAGUUAUCUGUUCAAGCUGUAGGCGGAAGGGGUAGGGGUGCAAAGUCCAAAACCAGGCAGAGAACAUCAAAGUGGAGGGGUGCAAGACUGGACUCAACUGAACAGAAGAGGUUACAGGACCUCCAAGACAGGCGCAAGGCUGAAAUAAAGGACAAACUUGAUUCCCUGGACCCUAUCCAGAAGGACAGAAUUCUGGAUAGAAUGGUGCAACGGUCACCAGGAAUGAUGAUUGACAUCAUGCAUUUCCUGGACGUUCCAGAGAGCCCUGUCCUUGUCCCUGACCCAGCUGGUCUACACUGGUGCAUCUGUGGCAACUGCAGAGAAAUGGACACAGACCUGGAGAGAAAGUGCUGUCGGCAGUCACCACAGGACUGUAUCAGUAGAAUGGGCCAUAUGGAUUAUUAUAUUUUGGAUGAGGGUGUGUUGGGGCUGGCUCGUGCUGCAUGGAAUGACAUCUUUGCUCUGGAGGAUAACCCUGAACCUGGGGUAGACCAGCGGCAGUUCAGGCAUACGGCUUACCGUCAGUUUGUCCUGUGGCAGCACGGACGCCUGGGUGUGGGCAACAGGGUUGUGAUACCCAGCUGUUGUGUGUGUCGCAUCAGGGACAAAUUCCCUGACCCAAGGGGCCAGUACACUGGUUUUAGGGUGCAGCGCUUGUUGUAAAGUUUUCAACUAAUUGUACA